UCCCCCACUCCAGGCUCUUCUCUGUCCUCCCUCGUCUCGUCCGCACCCGGCCACUCCAGUUCUGGGCCAGACAGGACAGAGCCACCCAUGCCCACAGAGGUCUGCAGUGUUAGGGAGCAUGAGGAGGAGAUCACUUAUCAGGGGUGCACAGCCAAUGUGACCGUGACCCACUGCGAGGGCGUCUGUGCCUCCUCCACCAGCUUCAAUACGAGCACCAAUCAAGUGAGCACCCAGUGCAGCUGCUGCCACCCCCUCAGCUCCUACGAGAAACAGCUGGUGCUGCCCUGCCCAGACCCUGCGGUCCCAGGGAAGCUGCUGGUGCUCACGCUGCAGGUGUUCAGACGCUGCGUGUGUGGCCCCAGGCACUGCGGAAACUAGGGCGUGGCCCUCGGGGUGAGAGGGUGGAGCACCACACGGAGCCCCCAGCCCCGCUCUUGCUGCGCCCAGCAGCCCCUUUCCAAGCCUGGCCUCGAAAGCCCGGGCACACCCCACACAGGCACCUGCAGGAAGGAGCUGCUGGGCAGGGGUCCUGCAGACCCCGGCCCAG